GGUUCAAUCUACUUUUCACUUCUUCCUGAGAAAUACAAUGCAGGAGAGUACCACUUCUAUCUCCAGGCUGCUGAGAAACCUCCUCCACCACAUUUCCUGUUUGUAACUGAGCAAAGAAGAGACAAAAGACUUUUAAGACCAAGAGAGCUCUAGAGGCAAACUCAAGUUGCCAAGCUAAUCAAAAGAGCAUAUUGGGGUGAGGCAGUUUAAACUCAAUUUUAUUUUCUGUUUGUGAUACAGAAGCUCCUUCUCCAAACAACAAUAUAUGAACAGAAAUGGACAAUGUUGUUGAGUGUCACUUCUUAAUCUGGGGACUUGUAGCCUUUUUGUCUCUGGCUCUGGUUGUUUCAGUCAUCCUAAAUGUUUCAUUCUUCAUGAAAAAGAAGCAGAAAGAUUACACAUACAGAGACUAUCAAGAAUAUCAUCCACGUGACGAUGACUAUUACACUGAAGAAUGCCCAGUUUAUGGCAACCUCAAUCAAGAGGUCCUAGCCUUGGAGGAAUGUUGCUAUGAACAGAUGACAGCUCAGCCCCAGAGACCCUCUACUGGAUUACAGGUGCAACCUGAAAAUCAGAUGUGCUACGCGUCUCUGGAUCACAGCAUUAAGGGAAAACACAGAAAACCUAGGAAAAAAAAAGCUCCGCUAGAAGAGGAGGAAGACAGGACAUCUAAAAGCAGCACACUGGCUUCUAAAGCUAGCAUUUAUCUCAAUAGUGAGCAGCUAGCUGCUGAAAACAUGGAAACGGAAGCCAUUCAUGAUGACCCCAUCAGAUUAUUUGGUUUGAUUCAUAAAGCAAAGGAGAAAACAUUUGAAGGGGAUUCAUGACCCAGCUGAGUCAUCAUACCAAACAAAGGGUCUUCUGCCUGGUCAUGCAACAGGAAGAUGCUGCAUAAAAAGGAUUAAAAACCUGGUAAAUUAAUGCACCAAUCAAUGGUACAAAUGGAUAAGAGAUGUCACAAGCAACUGCAGACUAAUUUAGGCCAGUAAAUAGCAAGACAUUAAACCUUGACUGCUAAUUCUGAGGCCACCUGAAGAAGAGCUGGACACCCACGUAUCCACCCAUUUCCCAAGGGAGUUGCAGGAGCUGCAAACCUCUCAGAAUCUGGCCCCAAUUAGCUGUUGCAAUGUGUUGUUAUGCUAUUAGGUUAGAUUCAGUCCUUUUAUUUUACCCCUUUUUCUGAAAUGAAAUCAGAAAGCCCCAGUCAGUCCUCUGCAGUUUACUAGCACAUUCUGACUGUUAUUCUUUAUAGUUUCAUACAUUAUUCUGGAAUUAGAGGCACCUUAGGAUUGGUGUAUUUAAGAUUUUGGUUGAUUGUACAAUUAAAAACUUGUUAUGCUGUACUUCCCCACUGUGACCUACAGUAACAUGUCGUUAUAUUUAAGUUUAGAGAAUAAUUGAGCAAUUUCAGUUCAUUUAAUUCAGUACUUAAACAUCCAGAAAAACUUAACAAUUCCCUUACGUGUACUUUUGGUUUCCUUUUGGUGACCUUUUCCAGAAUGAAUCUCCCUCCUUACUCUUCUACUAACGUAACAUUUCAUCGGCUAUUUGUAAAGAAAAUGGUAAAUGAUCCAGAAAAACAAACCUCCUAGGGAAGAUUUUUUCCCCCAUAAUUUUCUAUUUGAUUCUAUUGGGCGUGUCUACACAAGAUGCUAAAUACACAGUAGUAUUUCUAACCACACAUUACCUAAUUCUACCACAUAUUACCAUCACUAAG